AUGUCUUCCCUCCCAAAUAUCAACCAUUUACGGCGCGACUCUUCUAAUUCUAAUUAUUCCGGCGAGCAGACGAUCGUCGACGGAAUGAUUGAAAAGGCUGUUCUAGAGCGGAUUGAUGGAUCGAAACAAGAUAAAGUUGACAGACUUGAACAGCUAAGCAUUGCCAUUGCUGUCUGCAAGGAGAAGCUGCGCGAUCAGUCACUGCAAGCCACUCCAGAUGGAACGCCGACCGAGAGUCUGGACCUCAAUCUCAAGAAACUUCUCAUGGAAAAAUUGGUUGAAUAUGGGCUUGAGAAGCAGAACUUACAGGAUGCCCAGGAACAGUCAAUGGAGUAUAAAAAGAUUAGAGGGCAUGAUUUCACAGCCCAAUCUGCUAGGGGUAAAAACCCUUGUUGCGAAGUGUGUCUUCACACAAUAUGGCGGCUCGUCCAAUAUUGGCGUCGGUGCAGAACAUGCGGUAUGCGAGUACACGAAAAGUGCCUCGACUCUGUGAAGCGUGAUUGCGCCUCAAUGGUUGGCCUCAGAGUCGAUUUUGAAUACGAUACAACGAUUACUCCUGAACUCGGUCUGCACGUCCAAAAAUUCCGAUGCGCAGAAUGUGAGCAACAUAUUGUUUUCGACAGCUCAUCAGCAAAAGAGCCUCGUCUUUGCGGCCUGACCGGACUCUACUAUUGUCCGGAUUGCCAUUGGAAUGAUGAAUGGCCGAUUCCCGCACGGUUGAUCCAUAAUAUGGACCCUACUCCGCAUCCGGUAUGCAGAUCUACAAAGCAGCUACUCGCCAUCACACAAAAUAAGCCUUUGAUCUCGCUCCAUGAUUAUAAUCCACGACUAUUCGCCCUUCACUCUGGCCUAAAGAAGGUCCAUCGCUUUAGAAAAGAUUUCUUGGUCAUGAAGUGCUACUUCGUCAGCUGCAAGAAUGCCAGAAGCCUACGCAUCCUACAGUAUCUCCGGAAGCAUCAACAUUUUGUCGAAGACUCUCGUUUGUAUACUCUUAACGAGCUCCGAGACAUCUCCACCGGGCGGCUAUGCAAUGAGCUUGAAGAUAUCCACACUGUUUUCCGGAAACAUAUUGAAGAGGAAUGUGAAACUUGCAGGGGCAACGGAUUUUAUUGCGAGCUUUGUGAUUCUAACAAGAAGGAGAAAAAUCAGCUCCUAUUCCCAUUUUCUGAAGGGGUCUCGAUGUGCUCAAAGUGUUGCUUCGUCUUCCACAAAAAAUGCUUUGAUGCAGCUGAACAGAAUUGCCCGAGUCGUACACUCCCUCAAUCGGCAAUGGAGCACAGCCUUCUUAUGGAAUCGGCAAUGGAGCUCAGCCAACAAACUCGAUCGGAGGAGGUGCUCAGCCAAACAACCAGAUCGGCGGUGGAGCCCAGCCCAACAACAACAUCGGAAAUGGUGCCCAGCCAAUGUACAGCCCUUCCAUCGGCAAUGGAGCUCAGCCGACCUGCA